GAAACUUGGGCCCCCACCAAAUCCUGUCAGACCAUGGCAGUCCCUUGUGUUUCAAGGCAAUAUAAAGCGCAUGGUCUUCCAUAGUCAGAGCACUACUUCAGCAACACCUCAGACACUUAAGAUUCAACAUGAAAUCCCUCAUUUUUUUGGCAUGCAUCGUUGGAGUGGCCCUCUGCGCUCCGCAAGCUCUGUACUACGAGUUAGAGUACAAGCCUGUCCACGUGGUUCCACAGGGUGCUGCUGCCCCGGCUGCCCCUGUCGCUGCUGCUGCUCCUGCUGAGCUGGAGAUACUUCUGGCAGCUCAGAAUCGUGCUGGAGCUCCUGCCCUCCCUGCUCGUGGCUUCAUCAAACACGAGAUUCCCCAGCCUGCAGGCCGAGAGAGCGUUGAAGUUCUCUACCCAUUCGGCUUUGCCCCGGCUGCCCCAGCCGUUCCUGUUGCUCCAGCUGUUCCUGUAGCACCAGCUGUUCCUGUAGCUCCUGUUGUCCGGGCUUCUCCUCCCAGGAGCGAUGAUGAUGAUGAUGACCACGAUGACUAAAACAGAUGGACUGAUGAGCUGGCUACUGGAUUCAUAACGUAAAAGACAAAAAAAAGCUGCUUAUAGUGUUUUAGUGAAUGGAGGCAUUAAGGCGUACCCAGAUUGGCGUAUAGCCCUUUGGCUUGAUGCAUGAGAGCCAUUUCAGGUUGUUGCAAUGAUGUGUUGUGCCGCAUUAUUGAUGUGAGUUUAAUUAAAAAUAAGCUGUCAAAUCA